AUGCACGUACUAAAGAGAGCUGCUGAACACAACGUCGAUCUGGAUGCGUCACCACCCAAAAAGACGUCCUUUAUGAUCGAUGACUUACUAGACGUUUCUCCACCGUCUCCUCCUCCUCAGCCAUCUACCAGCGGAUGGAAACGCAAGUUAGAACCUGCCCAAAGUAACAUUCCUGAGAAGCGAUCCCAUGACGAGGAGCUUGAAGACAUACUUGCUGAGUUACGCGCACCAGAGAUACCGGAAGAAGUACUCACACAAGUUGCUGAGACCGCCGAAGACGAAGUCUUUAUCAGCGAUAUCAUUCACAAGAUCAAUAAUACCGACAACCUAUGGACGUUCAUCUAUAGGGGUCCUCCACCUACUAUUGUUAGUAACAGUCGUGUUAGUGCAAUCAUAAUACAACACUCAGACCAUUAUCAUGUCGUUUUCCAAGCGCUGCCACAAAACCGAAAUCGUUCAUUACAACGCAUCCUCCAAGUUAUGGGUAUUCCCUCUACCUUUACCUUUGAUGUUCUGGCCACGUUACAACCGGUAGUCGAUUGGUUUCGCUUCGCUCCGUAUCUCGCCCGCACAAGGUAUUCCGUUCAGGUACUAGGCAAGCACUUACAACACUUGGCACAACACAUUGGCCUGACACCCGUAGACCAAAAAGACUGUGCCACACUGAACCGCGAGUCUCGUAAACAACAACAUUCCAAUGUUAACAGAACUAAGCGCACAAACCUGAUUGACGAACUGAUCGAUGUUCACCGGUGUACGCACCUCAAAGAGUUGAAACGCUGUCUGACUCGUAAACAACGCCUUGCCAUUUACAACGAGUUCGGCAUGCAAUGGGAAGAAUCCGCUAAGACGUGCAUUGAGGCAUGCAACGAAGAGCUUUUUGAGCGCCAGACACACAUAUCUUUUGAAGAGUAUAUGCGCGAAAACAAUCACAUGUCAGUAUGUGCCCAUCCCAAGACUUUGGACGAUCCAUUUCUGGAUAACCUGCUGGCAGCCAAUAACAUCGACAAAGAUAAGUUUUGUACCGCUGUUCACGAGGUCAUGAAUAAAAAAGUCGACAGACUCAAUACACUGUGCAUAGAGGGGCCCACAACCACAGGCAAGUCACUAGUCCUCAAGAUGAUUUGUCAAAACUCUCACUGUGGGACCGUUCAGAGAUCAGGCGACCACUCACAGUUUUUCCUACAAAACCUGAUCGAUAAGUCUGUGGCCCCCAUGGAAGAACCGCGAAUUACCCUGGCUACCGUUAACGACUUUAAGGAGCUACUUGGAGGAAGCCCAUUCGACAUCCAUGUUAAACAUUCACCUGAUGUGACCUUGAACAGACUGCCUGUGCUCAUAUCCACCAAUCAUAGUCUCGGAGCCUACAUCACUUCCAUCGAUGCGGCAGCUAUAUAUGAGCGGUGUCAUACGUUUCACUUCAAAGUUCGUGUCGGAUCUCCGGAGUUGCCUAAACCACGGAGUACUCUCUGCGCCUGCUAUUUCUCCUCCUGGUAUGGCAAGUGGUGGGAAGCGAAUCCUUGUCGAUUCGACGAAUGA